AUGAUUCAAAGACCGUUUAGUGAUAGCUUGCAGGGAAGUACAAAUUCCCAAAUAAAAGAUUACUUGAUUUCACCUGGAUAUUCUCAAGUCAACACUAUCGAUCAUAAAAGACAAAGGCCGAUUUCUACAGUUAUAUCAUCGAUAGACAUCGGCCACGGUAUACUGAACAAACCCACGUACUCGCGUAUAAAAAUUAGUAAAAACAAUAAUCAAAAUGAACAACGGCUUACCAGAAACACAUUUGCUAAUAAAACUGACGCGUUUUUACCAAAUAAAGAUAAUGUCCUAUUUGCUGAUCACGAUUCCCAAUUCACGGUCAACAAUUCCAGUCAAUCUGAUGAAAUCCUGGCGGAGAUCAAUAAAAUACCAUCGAUUCCUUUUUUUGCUUCGGUAAAAACAAUCGCAGAUCAUACAAACUUAGACGGAAGCUUCUGGAUUAAUUCAAGUAUUGCUAAUGAAAAUAACAUACAUACAACUAGCAUUUAUAACAAUCAUAGAGCGGAAAAUGAAAGCACUUUUCCUGAUACUGCAUAUGAAAUGGAUCCAGACAAGCAAGAAAUUUGGAAACAAGACGGCCCAAGUCUAUCGCCAGUCAAUUUGACAACAUUAAAAAACUGUGCAAAGUUAUUACAAUAUAAAGUAGAUUUUGAUGUUCAAGAAAAAUUUCUCCAUAUGGAUAUCGAAGUAAUACUAGUACCUCGUACCCAUGUAGAUACGAUUUGGCUGAAACCAUUUGAGUCACUCCACAACGACACUGUACAGAAGAUAAUUACGAACGUUAUAAAAAAACUACAAUUUUACCCUAAUCUCACAUUUACUUGGAAUGAAAUAUCGCAUUUGAGUCAAUGGUGGAAGAACGCAUCCCAGAAAAGGCGUGUUACUCUACGUCGUCUUAUUAGGGAAGGAAGGCUUGAAAUCACAACAGGCGGAUGGGUUGAAACAGAUGAAGCCAUGUCGAGCUUAUAUGGUAUUUUGCAUCAAUUUAUUGAAGGACAUCAAUGGUUGGAUCAAUAUUUAAACUAUACGCCUGAAGUAGCGUGGAUUACGAAUAGUGUAACACAUAGCCCAACGGUCACCUACAUUUUAUCAGCAAUAGGAAUAACAAAUUUGGUCAUGACCAAUGUACACUUUUCUCUGGAGCAAUACUUCGCUGAAUAUCAGUACAGCGAUUUCAUCUGGGUCCAGAAUUGGGAUAGUGAUAAAACUACUCGAACUGAUUUAAAUCAAGCCUUAAAUAAAAUAGGCAACGACCAAUACCCGAAGCACGCUGUAUUGACGCAUUACCUACAAUACAAUUCGGAUAGUUUCAAAGCUUGUGGCCCAUAUGGGAAAGUAUGUGAGGUAGAAUUUAACUUCGCAAAUAAAAUCAUCGAUAUCAAUGAGUAUAACGUUAAAAAUAAAGCCGAGACAUUAUUAGAGCAAUAUUCUAAAACCGGAACGUUGUCUCCACAUAAUAUUAUUAUUGCACCCGUAGGUGGUCCACUUCAUUAUGUAUCUCAGACAGAAUUCGACUAUCAAUAUAAUAAUUAUUUAAACAUAGCAAAUUUUAUAAAUGUCAAUCAAAACAUUUACAAAGCAACAGUGCAGUUCGGAACGCCCACGGACUAUUUUACAGCAAUAAUGGCUAGGCACAAAUCUUAUCCCACACUUAGUGGGGACUUUUUAAAUUAUGCAGAAAUUGACAAAACGCGGCCGGUAUAUUGGACGGGCUUUUUCACCACAAGGCCUUCAUUAAAGCUCUUAUUGAGACGACUUCAAGCUACCCUUCGUUCCACAGAAUUCUUAUUUUCGUUUACAUCGAGUUGUACUGCAUUUCGGACCACUAAUAAAACACAGCUAAUAACUAAACUCACAAAUGCGAGGGAAAUUGUUGCUCGGCUUCAAGAUCGAAAUGUGAUAAGUGGAACUUUGUCGAGCAAAAUGUUAAGUUAUGUACAAAACCAAAUACUUAUAGCUGUUAAAGAUUGUUGGUACAUCCAAGAAGUAACAGCGAGUUUACUUAGCACUAAGCCUGAGCAUAGUGAAAAGUACCUUACGAAGUACGUUUACAGAGAUGGUGAAUUCAUAUCUUCGUUCAAGUGUAUUGAACCGGGAGAUAAAAUAUAUGUAUUUAAUUCAUUAAAUCAUGAAGUAACUGAGAUCGUCGAGCUGUUGACUAGACACGUGAAUACGAGAGUAAUUGAUUAUAAUAAAAAGGACAUAAAUUUUCAAAUAAAUCCUGUUUGGAAGUAUAGUUCAGCUGAUAAUGUUAUUCGAAUUAGCAGUCAAUUUUUCAAAAUCAUAUUUGCUGUAAAAGUACCCCCCAUGACAUUGAAACUAUUUCAAUUCAAAGAAGCCUUUGACGUAUCAUUAAGUACGUCUAUUAUUUUCUGUUUAGCUUGUGUUAUGGAUAGUGCGGUUAACAAUCCUUUCACCGUGCAACCAAUUGAACCAGGCGAUGUACAAAUCGAAAACUACAAUGUUCGUCUCAUAUUUGAUGAAGUUGAUGGAUUACUAAAAACUAUUAUCGAAAAAGAAACCAAUGACGAAAGACAACUUGUCAUCAAUUACGGAGCAUUUAAAAGUUCUGACAUCAACGCUGGCAUAUACCUCUUUAGUACAAGUGCUCAGCGUUUUCAAGAUAUAUUGAAAGAAUAUAGGGCGGACAGUAAAAGGAAAAUGUUAAUUAUUGUAUCGGGUAACGUUGUAACUGAAUAUACAUCGAUAUACGGAAAUCUUUUAAAGCAUACUGUAAGAAUAUGCAAUGAAAUGAAUAAUCCUUUGGCAGGAGUUGUUCGUAUCGAGAGCAAUCUUAAUUUUGGAGUUGCUCCAAAAAAUAGAGAUCUAGAAAUGUUUAUGACCAUUCAAACAUGUAUCGAAAAUGGUAAAUCACCGAUACUAUAUUUAGACAAUAACGGCUUUCGGGUAACAUCAAGAAAAUUAAACAUUUCUCGUAAAGUAGAGGCCAAUAUGUAUCCAAUGACAAGUAUGGCCUUUAUACAAGACGACAAGACGAGACUUACAAUCAUUACUGAUCGGGCACAAGGUGUAACUGCCUUACAAGAGGGACAAAUACUUAUUAUGCUGGAUAGGAGAAUAUUGUUUAAUGACAAACGCGGAGUUAAUGAAGGUUUAUCUGACAACAGUCCUUAUAAUCACAUUCACUACAUGUUGUUAGAAAACUUUGCAAAAGAAGAUAUAUCUUUUGAUAAAACGUUAAACGAGCAAAUUGUAUUACCUAGUUUAUUAGCUAAUCGGAUAGCGAAUAGCCUACUAUUUCCCUUAGACAUAUUCUUCGUUGACAAAAAUUAUAUUGACAUGCCUUAUUAUGUAUUUCUGCCACUGAUUAGAGGGUCUUUUCCGUGUGAUGUGUGUGUUUUAAGCUUUCGAAUGAUUUUAAGAAAAGGACUCGGUUUUAAGAACGUGCUGGAUACAGCUAUUAUUACGCUGCAUAGAAAAAGUUUUACAUGUAAAUUUUUUGUCCAUAAUAAUCUUUAUUGUAAAGAUGAUGAAAGUUUCUAUAUUGAGAGAAUUAUACAACACGUUAAGCAGGUUUUUCACACAAAUUUAGUAGGAACCACUAAAGGAGUUCCUAUUUUUGAUAUAAACGUGAACAACUUGCCUCCAAUGGAACUGAUGUCAUUAAAAGUUGUUUUUGAAACAACUUGA